AUGGCCGACCCGAACCCGGCAGCGCUACGUCCCUUGACCGUCCCCUCGCUCUCGCCCGACCUGAGCAACCUCCAGCAACUGCGCGUCCAGCUCGCCCAGGCCAACGACAAGAUCCACAACUACCGCCACCUCGACCACAAGCUCGCCACCUUCACCGACGAGCCCACCUGGAACGCCUACAUCCCUGUCGGUCCGCUCGCCUACUUCCCCGGCCAGCUCAUCCACACCAACGACAUCACCCGCGUCGACAACCCGCCUCAAGCCGAUGCCGCCGACCAAGACCCUCAACCUCGCCGAGUGCUCCGCAGCGCAAAGCAGGCUCGCGGCGACGUCGCACAAGCUGUCAAAGACCUCGAAGCCCAAGUCGUCACGCUCACCCGCGAAAUCGAGGCGGCCGAGGCCGACCUCCGCAAGAAGCGCGACGACGAGCGCAAGCUCGGCAAGGGCGCCGCAAGCGCCGGCACGGCCGACCUCGGCGACGAGGACUGGACCAUCAACGCCCAGGGCGAGGUCAUCAACGAGGAGGGCCUGCCCAUGUUCGACAUCCGCGAGGACCUGCCGCUCGAGCCCGCGCCUGUCGCCUCGAGCUCAAAGGCGGCUCAAGCGGCGCCAGCCAACUCGAGUGCGCGCGCUCGCGGGUACCUGAUCAAGAAGGGUGGCAAGCAGAUCGUCCGCCCGCUUCCUCCGCCCAUCCACUCGGCACCUCCCGCUCCAUCCUCCUCCUCCUCAUCUGCGCCCACUCAGCCCUCGUCUACCGCUCAUCCAUCAUACGCACCCGCACCUGUGCCCGCACCCGCCGAGACGGACCCCAACCCGUUCCCGGCCCGGCAGCCGCUCGACAUCAAGGCCAUCCUCGACGAGCUCGAGGCCGAGGAGGCCGCCGCCGCCGCCGUCGCAGCCGCCGCUUCACCUCCCGCGGUGACCGAGGCCGAGCAUGACGAGCCUGCGCCGAGCGCCGAGCGCAAGAUCGUCGAGCUGCCCGACUCGCCGCCGCCCGCCGCGCCGGUCGCGCCGGUCGCGCCCUCGAGCAGCGCCAGCAAGCCUGCAGCGCCGUCCACAUCGAGCGCAGGCGGCUUUGCCGGCUUCUCGGCCGGAUUCCUCGCCAAGUCGAAGCAGAAGCGCCCGUCAAACUCGCUCGCGGCGGCGGGUCCCACCUCUUCUACCUCUUCGCCCUCGAGCGGCACCUCGCCAGCCACCUCGUCCACUCCAGCCACGACUACGAGUGCUUCGACGCCCGCCGCCGCAGCAUCAGCACCCGCACCCGCACCCGCACCCGCACCCGUACCCGCGCUCAAGCCCGCCCUCUCGCGCCCCGUGUCGCCCUCGGCCCGCUCGCGCGCCGCGACGCCUGCAGGCGACAAGAAGCGCGUCGCGUUCGACCUCCCGCCGCCCUCGGCCGCCGAGGAGCAGCCCUCGGCCAAGAAGGCGCCCAUCCUCCUCGGGCCGCCGCCGUCUUCGUCGGCCGCGACCCCGGCCUCGGCCCCGGCCGAGCCCAGGCGCGUCGAGGCGCCGGCGCAGCGCCCGAUCCGCGACGUCGUCGUCGAGCGGCCGUUGCGCAAGGCGGUGGCGCCCGGCGGUGGUGCCGGCGCGAGUGCAGGAGCGGGAGCGGGCGGGCUGCCCGUCAGGGAGAAGCGGCUGUCGAGGUUCAAGCGGGAGGCGUUCGGCGAGCCGGCGGCGAGUGUGGAGGACGUCGUCGAGGGCAAGGGCAAAGGGCGCGCCGUCGACGAGCGCGAGUCCGCUCCCUCGGCGGCGUCGUCCUCGCCGUCGCACGCUCCCGCCGCUCGAUCAGCCGAGCCGCCGUCGGCGCCGAUCUCGAGCGACGUCAUGCCCGCGCCGGUGCACACCAUCUCGCUCUCGGCGCGGCCCUCGUCCGGCGCCGACCGCCCGCCGGGCACCGUCUCGUUCGGCGACAUCCCGUUCGGGUCCGACGAGGAGGACGAGGGUGUGCCGCAUGUCGCGGGCGACGUCGACGGCGAGGAGGACGAGGACGACGACGACUGGGACUACUCGGACGACGACGACUUUGACGACGACGAGCUCGACGUCGACCUCGCGCUCCACCAGCGCGAGGUGGCCCUCGCGUACCACCGGCAGCGCCUCAUGCUCGGUGCGGGGCGCGGGACGGGACCGCUCGGUGGGUGGCACGCCGAGGGCGAGAACCCGUUCGGCGCGGCGGCAGACGAGGAGGCGGAUCAGGCGCUCGUCCCCGCCGACGCGACCCUGCAGUCGCUCGAUCCGUCCCUCGCCGCGUCGACCUUUGGCACCUACCCGUCGGCCGGCGCUGCGCAAGAAGGCCGACCCUCGCGCUUCCGCCAGUCGAACCGCAACCUCGAGUCGGCCCAGCUCAUCAUCCCCUCGCUCCUCGCCGCCGACCCGUCCCUCGCCAUGAGCCACACGCCGCUCGGCCCGCCGCUCGAGCACGACGGCGAGCCCGCCGCAGGUGCCGACGCCGACGACGAGGACGAGCGCCUGCGCCGCACGCUCGAGGCGCUCGCCGAGGGCCGUCCGCUCCCCGAGGACGAGCAGGCGGCCGAGCGCGAGCGCGAGAUCGCGUUGCGUGAGGAGCUCGCGCGCGACAAGGCGAGCGCGCACGCGAGGCGGGACCGCACGGCGGGCAAGCGGCCGCCCGAGGUCGUGCAGACGAUCGUCCCGGAGCGCAAGGCGCCCGUCGAGAUCGAGGUGCGGGACGAGGCGCAGCCGGCCGCCGAGGUUCAACAGGAGGAAGAGAAGCCCAAGAAGCUUUCGCGCUUCCGGCAGAAGCAGCUGGGUCUGAUUGAGUAGCGGCUCGAGAGCGAGGACGAGCAACGAGAUCUGCGCCGCCUC